AUGUACGUAAUUGCUCGUCAUAUUCCAAACUGGCUAAAUGACAUUAUGCCUACCAUAUAUGAUUUUAUAACUCGAAUGUUUGCAGCCGUGCUGGUAGCUUGGACUGCAGCAGCCUCGCACAACACUUCUCCGAUUGAUGAUGCAACAAUAAAUUUAGCGGCAUUUACAAAAAAGGCGGGAUUCAGACAAAUUCUCACAAAUUUAGAGACUGAACUGAUAAAAUUGGAAAAAAUUUAUCCGAAGAAAGAUGAAUCAUCAAGGAACUACAGAACCCUGCAUACCACACUGAUCGCUAACUCCUGGUUUACAGAAUACCCUAAUUUUAGGAAAAAUUCUGAAUUCACGGAGGCGCUAAAAGUCGUACGCUGUUUAUACGAACACAUCGUCGAAAACGUCAAAUGUUGCCACAAUCGCGAUCUGGGCCACGUACACUGCAUCCUUGCAAAGUUCUGGCAAACAACGAAACGAAACUGCAAAGCGGAACAAAACAGCUUACUUGCGAAUCUACUCAAUUCAGUUGGAAGUAGCAAUGAAGAUCUGAGAACCUAUGAUACAGAAAUAUCACUUUUCAUUCAUGCUACGAGCACUCUUAGGCAAAAUAUUUUGAAGUACUUGGCGAGAGAGGAUGAUGAUGCCAUUGAAAGGAAGAAAAAAAGGAAGAAAAGAAACACAACAAGGGUUAUUAAAAUCACCAAAAUAUAG